AUGUCCUGGACCAAACACUCGAGAUUCCCAAACCGUGAUGAUAUAAGUGGAACGAGAAUCUUGCCACCAAUUACAUCUUUGAGUCAUAAGAAUUUUCUCCAAUCCAUACGAGAGUACAUAGAGUAUGAAAAAGAGCGCUUGGGAUGUCCGGAAGAGGGACCUGAUGAGCAACGUUUUUUAAUUUUCAGCACCGUAUUUGAUAAGGUCAUUGACCGUACAAGUGCAUACAAGACAAUCCUAAUUACCAUUAAGAAAGCGUAUGAUGACUUCAUUAGUGCUAUGAAAAAACAGGAGUGUGAUUGCAUGCUUGCUCGGAGGAAGCUGAAGGGCUUAAUAGCUCAGCCUACCUCACUGAUGUACAAUCAAAGAAGAGCAGCUCAGCUAAAAGAAAGGAUUGCAGUCAUCAAGACGAACACUGCUAAAUUACAGGCCGAGCUGAAGAAACUUGAUGAGUCCAGGGGAGAGAGAAUGCCCUCACAACAAGAUAAAAGUUUAGACAACAACAUACUGAGACCUGUCGGGCAAAUACCAGGUCUGACACUUGAUGAUUUGGUGAAUCCAGUGGCACUGACUAAGCACCAGGAGUAUCUGGAGCAUAAGAAAGCCAAUCUACUGAGGAAAAUGAGGAAGCAUUAUGUGCCUGUACAAAUUAAAGCAGACCUGGAUAGCAAACUGAAAGCUUGCUUAGAUCAUAUGGAUGAGCUGACAGUGGAGAAUGACAGACUCCAACUUCGUUGCAAAAAGUUGAAAUUUAUGAGUGAAGCCAUCACGGCUUGGGAAGGAUCUGGGACGGAUGUCCCUCUUUUGGAAUUUGUGUGCUCUCAGCUGAGGUGCAUGGCUGAGCUGAAAGCAUGGGAUGCAGACUGCUGCUGGGACAACACUGUGUCAUUUGAAGAGGAUCAUCCUGGUAAAGCUAAAGAAUCAGAGCUCUUGGUGAACUAUAUCGAAAGGUUUAUGGACCUCAUUGAAGGGGGCGAGUAUGAGGCGGCUGCCUUUCAUGCGGCUAGAUCCCCAUAUGGAAUCCUGAGAAAUAUGGAGACAAUGGAGAGAUUUAAAUCCGUCACCGUGUAUGAGGGCGAACUGCCUCCGGUGCUGCUGUUCUUCCAGGCCCUCAUGAUGUCAGUGCAGGCAGGGAAACAGUUGCCGGGGGAGGAUCUGUCUGUGGAAGCUGCACGCUGUGCUCUACAGCACAACUAUGUGGAGCUGGUGACUCACUGGGUCACCCAGCAUAGGUUGACAUUCAGUGAAGCUCUGGGAGAUGUGAUUAGUUCUCAUGAGAGCAGAGAUCCACGCGUUACUGACACCUGCAUGGCUCUAGCGCACAUUGUUUACAUGGCCUGUGGUGUGCUCAGGAAGGCCACACUGAGCAUGUGCAAACGAGGUCUGAUCUACGGAGCUGUUGAGUUUAUGUACCAGAAUAAAGCCUUCACUGUAGAUGACUGUAUGUUUGUGCUGAAAGGAUGUCCCAGUCUUGCUUUACUGGAUGCUUUGACACAGGACUGUGAUGGCAAGCCUGCACCCCUGUCUGUGGGUUUUGUUUGUCACUCCCUCGUGAAGUCAGACCUCGAGGACCUGGCCUUACAGCUACUGGAGAAGAUUCACACAAGAGGAAAAGGUUCCCUGAAGAAGACCAUUCUGGAGGAUGAGAUGUGUCAUGCAGAAGGCUGGAGUGAGAUUGCUGAUUGCUGUGAGAAGAGGAACCUGCCGCAGUUGGCAAAGGAGAUAAUCUCCUGCCUGCUGUCCCAGUCUGGGGCCAUGCGCCUCUCCCCUGGCAGCGAUAGUGCCAAACUGAUGGAGCAUGUGUUUAUGUAA